CGUUAGGACGCGAGUGCGCGCAUCGCUCCACUGCGCAGGUGGAUCUCUGCGCACAAUAGCGCGCCUGUCUCGCGCCGCAGGUAGUAGCUGGAUUCAGGUGUUGUAAUACGACACUGAGCCAUGUGAUCAGCGAUGAGAAUUUAGGAAGAAGACAAACCCAGCUCGAGCAUUCACUCAACACACUAGUAAAUACAAGACCACCAUUGAAAGCAGGGCAGGAUCCCGAAGAACAAUGUUUUAUUAUGAGCAGGACGCCGGAGUGUCGAGCUAGUUUCGGUUUAAAUACUUAAUUCGACCGGUAAGGUGAGGCGGAAGCGACCUGUGGUCACUUCUGCUGGACGUAUAGUCUACAUAUAUUCAGGAAAAACUCGUCAGGAAACAUCGUGGAUUAUGAAGGUGUAUUACACACAGCUCGUAAGAGGCAGAUAGGACUAUAUUUUUAUUCUUUGAUCUCGGUCAUGAUUUAUUGAUCCCCCUCCGCUCCACCCUACCGGGAGCAUCAGCACCUUCUGGUCGGGGGUAGGGGUGCAGAUUGACUCCAUCCCGGAGAUGAUACGGCAGGUUGGACUUUUGGCAGGGAGUUUCAUGCUGCUGCUUCUCAGGAAUGUUUCGGCCCAGGGGGAAACAACCACAAUGUCUAGUACCUCUACAACUCCCAGCCCAGGCCCUAAUAUUGUGGCUAUUGUUGUACCAACUGUGGUCCUGGGAGUGUUGGCUAUUGUGACGGCGAUUCUGGUGUUCGUGUUCUGCGUGGUAAAGAAGAAGAGACAGACGGAGGGGACGUAUCGCCCCAGCGCAGAGGAGCAGACAGGAACCCGUAGUGUAGAGGCUCCAGACGCCCUCAAACUACCCAAGGAGGAGAGACUGAUUUAACACACUGGUUUAUAACUAACCAGUAGCACAUGAUGAAACUGACUCAAUUCCAAAAUGGUUAAAUGGAUGAACAUUAACUAAGCACUGUUUCUGAAGGCCCAAUCUUGGCACUAUGUUGUGGCUAAACAAAGCGAGUCUGACUACUUGGAAGAAACUUGAAGGAAACAUACUCCAAAAGGCAACAUAUUUCACAGUACAGAUCUGCAUGUGCUGCUCUCUAGCAUUGACAUUCUUAUUUUAGACUUGGAGCUUUUCUCUGAAAAAUAUUUUUUGUGUGUGUUUUAAUUGUUGCUUUACACAUACAAAUGCUGAUAUUUGUAUGUAGUGUUAAGAUAUGUUUAAAGGUGAAGUAUGUGAUUUCUGCACCCCUAGUGGCACAAAAGAGAAGUGCAAUCUGUUUGUUUUUCCAUCCAGAAAAGGUCUAGACCAAAGUCCCUUUAAGGUCGUGUGUCCACCAAAGCAUUUUUAGCCAGCUGAAAAUGCUUGGCGCUCUGCUGAAAAUGCCUAUCUGUGAGUGUUUUUUUUUUUUUUUUUAGUUGAGGCGCUUUGUUGCUAUGAUACAGAAUAUCCGCGGAACUAUUACUUGUAAUUGAUUUCGCAGAUAAUUAGUUUCAGAUUAAAAAUGUCGACACAAUGUAGAGUACCAUGUAUGUUCAGAGAUCAGCAAUAUGAAUUUCUCAUCCAUUUUGUUCCGUUCUCUGCUUGUUGAUGUCAUUGUACAGCAAGAAUGUUGUGGCAGUUGGUUGAUGUUGCAUUUGUCCCGCCCCUCCUCCACUCUGAUUGGACGGCUGGCUAAAAAAUGAGAGUGAUGAGUGCAACGUUUUACUCGCGACCGGUAAAAAACGACGAGCGCUCAGCGCUUGAGCUUGAAAAAGACCCUCAGCGCCUCGUUACGCUCCUGGCAUUUAAAAAACAUGGCGCUCCCAUUGAAAACAAUUGGAAAAGUACGCUUUGUUGGACACACGGUCUAAGGCAAGUCAUUUCAGUCGGCGGCCAUCUUUGAAACGACUCUUGGACAGCUAUUUCAGUCAUGCAAUCUCAUUGAAUGGGGAAACAUCAAAUUCUCCAAAGCUGUUCACCAAGCUUACAAGUAAAUUUCAUAUUUGAAAUCACCAAUGAAAAAUUAUCUCAUAAAUUUUUGUUUCUAAAUGCUCAAUCAUGACAAAAAACAGCAUUUUUUUCAAGCUGGACCAGCUAAUGCGCAUGUGCGGUCAUAAGCGCACAUGUCAGAACGCUGACUGUUUCUUUACCAAUUGGCCAUUAGUUCAUUUAGAAGGCGGGACUUAUUCUGCCAUAUUGUGCAUUGCACUUUCUCCCAUUCAUAAGUCUCGUUUAAGAAAAGUAAAAAAGUAAGUUUUUACUAUUUUAAAACUAACUUUUUUACUAUUUUAUGCAAAGUAAGAAAGAAAGAACACGUCACAAGGAAUUUUUAUUGCUGUUACUUUUCCUAAAUAAGACAUCCUUGAUGGCGUAUGCAGCCUACAAAUGCGACCUCCGGAGGACGCAGCCUCUGAAAUGAGACGCAGCUAUAGUAUUAUGAGUGCACCUUCUUUGUAUAUCUAAAGCUGAGACUUAACAUCAGCUCAACCAAUAGUGUGAGUUUGGAGGCGGGGCUACCUGUUAGACUGAUAGACUAAUAGAAGCUGGGGGGGGCGUUUCUUUUUGCUGGCACUUGAUUUUGCACACUACACCUUUAUUUGCUCACAAUAUAGGAUGGUUUUUACUCUCACAUCUGAUUUGUUGAAACCACUUUGAUCAUUUCACAAAUUAUUUCAGUAGCUGCAUUUGUCUUGAUUUACCUCAGCUACAUUUCUAUAUCUAUAUAUUUUAAUCUAAUAUUAAUUGUCCUGAAAUUUGAUCAAUGCAACAGUGAAUUCUUCUUAGAAUCGUUUUUGAUUCUUCUUUUUGAUAGCAUGAAUGUUUACACUCAAAUAUUUCAUGCGUUCUCUUUAACUUGAAUGGCUUUUCAAAUUUCAGCUUUUUAGAAUUUGAUAAAUUGUGCAAUUUAUAUUUAAGCAAAAAUGCAUGAGAGGUUAUGCUAUAUAAUCAUGUGAAUAUAAUGAGGGCUAAAGGGUGUUUUUAGGCACAACACUCAGCAGAGUUACUAUAUUUAUAAUUCAGCAUGGCCUCAGGUGCUCUUGCUGUUACUCCAUAUUAAAAAUAUUGAGGACACAACACACAUUUUCAUUAAAACAUGCUUUAUUAAGCUAAUUCAUAAAGUGUUAUUCUACUGAAGAAAUGGUCCUGAUUCUCAAUGGGAGCUGUGAUAUCAGGAACAGGUGUGUUUAUGUUGUGGCUGUUUCUAACCUGUCUCAGUUGUUUGAGCUGUACAUAAACAGUCUGUUACACUG